AUGGAUAUAUCUACAAGCAGUCAUUUUGAGUCACUUUGGGUUACAGCGCUUGUACUGGCUGUCUUCGUCGCCUUCCGAACCUCGAAAGAUUACCUUUCCUCUAUCCCAGGGCCCUGGUACACUAGGUGGACAGGGUUGAUCCUCCAAUAUCAGUGGAUAAAGGGCCAGAGGCCAAGAUAUGUCCAUUUUCUACACCAGAAAUUUGGCCCCGUGGUCAGAGUGGGCCCUGAUGAGGUCGAUAUCUGUGACAUUGAUGCCGCAAAGGAAAUCCAUAAGGUUGGGGGUGGGUUUCUUAAAUCCGAGUGGUAUCAGACCUUAACUAUGAACGGGGUGAAAAACCUAUUCAGCAUGCGUGAACCCAAGGAGCAUAACAUGCGCCGGCGUCUUCUUGCACCGCCAAUGUCAGAAUCUUCCCUUAAGACGGUCCAACCAGUCAUUCAAGCACUGUUACGUCUUACCAUACAUCGCAUGCAGGAAGAGAUAGACAAGCGUGGUGCUGCCGAUAUCUUCAAGUGGUGGAUGUUUAUGACGAUGGAUAUUAUUGCGGAGCUAAGCUUUGGCACUCCUUUCGGAUUGCUUAAACAAGGCAAGAAAAAUCAGUAUGUAAGGGAUCUGGAGAAGAUUCCUGCUUUCGGAACGUACCGAUCCGCAUUUCCUAGGCUUGUUGAGACUGCAAGAAUCUUUCCCCUUCCAUUCUUUCAGGAUAUAGCACAGGCGGGCCGCAGAAUGAGGGCAUGUGCCGAUGAGUGUAUCAACAACUACAGAAGACUUGUCUCUUGCGAAUCUUCUAGCCCUAAGCCAACAUUUUUUGCCAAACUGUUCGAAGACACUGGCCAUGGGGCCUUGAGUCAUGACGAAAUCCGAAACGAAGCACAGGGCUAUAUUAUUGCUGGAAGCGACACAACAGCUACGACAUUGACAUACCUGGUUUGGUCAGUUUGCCAGCAUGGCGAAGUCCAGCAGACCCUUGUGGAAGAGCUGGCAGCGCUCUCGGAUGAGUUUGGGAACGAUGAUGCCAGGAGGCUUCCGUACCUUAACCAAGUCAUUAACGAGACAUUGCGACUUUACGCGGGAACACCUUCAGGGUUGCCGCGCACAGUCCCUGAUCCAGGAGUAAAACUGGCUGGACAUUGGAUUCCCGGAGGAGUAACUGUCACCACCCAGGCGUACAGUCUUCACCGAGACUGCUCCGUGUUUCCACAACCGGAAAGGUUCGAUCCUUCCCGCUGGAGCAAACCUACCGCUGAGAUGAAAGACGCCUUGAUGGCAUUUGGCGGAGGCUCUCGGACCUGUAUCGGCCAAAACCUGGCCCGCAUGCAGCUCCGGCUCGCAACAGCGUCCUUCUUCCGAGCAUUUCCAAAUGCGCGCAUUUCCAAUCUAGAGGGCAUGGGUCCAUCAGAUAUGGAGCAAACCAUCUACUUUAUCUUGUCCCCGAAAGGCAAACGCUGCUUAGUGGAGGCACCACGAUAA